GAUCCGCCGGAACAACCCUGACGAAAUUGUAUCAACACCGGAUGAAACUAGCGAAGAGGAGCCGAUGGCAAAUAAGAAACGAGUUCGGAAACGGUACAAUCUUCGAAGUAAAACUCGAGCAUUAAACGACACGCCCGAACAGAGUAGUAAUUCUGAUGUAGAAAUGCGUCCAGCCAAGUCUCCUCCGGUUCGUUUCCAAUUCAAACCGCGUCAGUGGCCUAUACCACCCCCGUCACCAACGUCACGAGCAAAGAAAAAAAUCAACCAACCUGGUCCGUCAGGUUUGCAACAACCGCCGCCGGUCUCAGAUAACGAAAGCACGGAUACAGCUAGCGAAGUGACCGAAAAUAUCGCAAACGAGACUAACAAUAAAAACGCAGGCGCGGUCGGUGAAAAAGAAAAAAAAAAGAUGCCCAAGAGCAUAGAGGUUCCCGGACCCCCUAAUAUAAACUCUUCAUCAAUAGAAGAUUCUGAAAAUGAAGGAUUAUCAGAUGACCCUCCGCCAGUAAACGAACGGCAUGGUAUAAGUAAUAGUGACGGUGACGAUAGUGAAGAACUUCGUACAGACGCGGAAGACUCCUCCGAGGACGAUCGUCGUUCUGAGGAGGGAGAGGCAGGAGACAACGAAAAUAUUCGCCCUCCGCGAGCCGCCAGCGCGACAAUCACACCACAGAUACGUGAAAUUACGCCAAACGUCUGCGAAACGCGUGACCGAUUAUCAAUGCAAUCUGAUAAUAUUUUAAUUUUCGUCAACGUUCAAGGUAAAUCCUAUGACGAGGGUAGCCGCGAACUUGCUGAUGUAUUACAAAUACCAAAUAAUCUAAACAACGCAUAUUGUCGCUCUGUAGUAAUUCCGUACAAAGGAGAUAAACGCUGCAUUGUAGCAGUACCUAAAUAUAGGAAAAUGGACCUAGUAUCGACGGGAGAUAUCCUGAAUAGUACAAAUCACCGCGUUGCCAUAUUGGCCGGAAGCCAAAACAUGGGUGGAGAUUGUAAAUCGGGAACUUACAGUGACGAGUAUGGCACGUGGUCAGGUGUAGUGGUCGAUGCGACAUUCGAAAUCACGCUUACCGAGUAUGAAACGGCGCUAAACUCUAAAACAAACGAAGUGCUAUUACGUUCGGGAACGCGAUGUGAAGCGGGAAAACUGAAUUGCAUUACGAGUGACGGAAUGUCCGCAUUUUGGAGUGAAGUGCCUAAAAAU